GUUUCAAAAAAGCGUGCCAUUGCUUCUUUGGUCUACCACUUCUUAGCUUCUUCAGGUUUACAGAUUAUCGAAGAAUCUGCAAGUUUAUUACGAUAUUUGAAAUAUGGACAAACUUGUAAAAACCAUAAAGGCUUCUGGUGUUAAUACCAAGCAGGAUGAUGAUCUUAUAGAUAGAUUAAAUUCGCGUUAUACUGUUAUUAUAAUUGUUGCUUUUGCGAUGAUUGUUACCAGUCAACAGUACUUUAUAGGUAAACCUCUCAAUUGUUGGGAACCAAAACAUUUUACUGGAAGUCAUCGGAAAUUUAUGAACGCAAUAUGCUGGGUGAAUAACACUUACUAUUUACCAAAGGACAUGCUUAUCGAUCAUAGUAAGGAGAAAAAGACUAUACCUUACUAUCAGUGGAUUCCGUUUAUUUUACUGGGGCAAGCUUUUUUUUUUUAUUUACCCUCACUCUUCUGGCAUAGCUUGAACCAAAAGGCUGGAGUCGACUCAGACGAUAUACUUAGGGCUGCCAAUAAGAUUUCUUAUUCUAAGAAUCCAGGAGACAGACAAAAGAUGGUGGACCAUUUAACAUCACAAAUUGAUCUCUUUUUGGUUAAAGGAAAAAGAAAACCGCCUCCUAAUGAUGGUACUCUCCUUCUCAAUAGGAGGCAUCAUAUAUCCACCUCUGAUAUUUCGUCGGUCAGCCAACAGAGCCGUAAUCAACAUCCUGGAACUUUCGACUGUCUUUUGAAGUUUGCUGGUAAUAUUUUCUCUGGACGAUUUAGUGCAUACCUCCUCACUGUCUUCCUCAUUUCGAAGAUCUUAUACGUUGUUAAUGUCUUUUCCCAAAUCCUAGCUCUAAAUGGCGUAUUAGGUAUUAACUAUGGCAACUUUGGUAUUGGAUUGUUAACUGAAGGAAGGAGAGCUCAUUGGCGUCACUCCUUGUCUAAUGCUUUCCCCAAAGAGACCAUGUGCGAUUUUAGAAUACGACGCGUCGGAAAUGUUCAACAAUAUACCGUUCAAUGUGUUUUGCCAAUAAACAUGUAUAAUGAAGUAAUUUAUCUCUUCCUAUGGUUUUGGUUUAUGGCAGUUUCUAUUCUUACUGUUCUGAAUCUACUAUUCUGGCUCGUGAGGUCCCUACUGAGAUGCGAUAAAGUUAAAUAUGUACUGAAUCAUAUAACUUUUAACGUUGACAAAAAUGGUCGGAUUUUCAAUAGAUUCCUCGAUGAUUACCUAGGUCAAGAUGGAGUCUUUUUAAUAAGAUUGAUCGGCCAUAAUUGUAAUUUUAUAACAACGAAUGAUAUAACAACUGCUCUAUGGAAAAAAUAUGAAGAAAGAAAUAUUAGCCCAGAUCAAGAAGAAUACGCUAGAAGUGAAGUUUAACUUUAUUCUAAUUUUUUUUUUAUGCCAAUAUGAUAUUAUCGUAUAAUACUGAUUUAAAGAGUGAUUGUAUGCUUAUGUGAGUAAUAUAUCUGUUAUAUUCUUAUACAUUUGGUAUACGCCUAAAGUAUCAUGAAUUUAAAAAUCAAAUAAAAUGCUUCUUAU